AUGGUGCAGUUUGGACCCACACCAUCCCCAGGCUCCAUAUUUCUAGCAUCAAAGUUUAUUGUCGAAGAGCUCCCCAUACGAUUGGCCAAAAAAGUAAAGGACUUGGAAAACGCACCUUUGGGAUUGAACCAACAACCAUCCACCAUCAAAGUGAGGGACUGGUACGCCCAAUCAUUCCAGGAAUUGACAGAAUUGCACAAACCAGAGAUUAAUCAAGAGUUGAAAAAAUUACUAUACAAUGGUAACAAUGGAGCCAAGUUGACUCCAACAGAUGACCAACCACACAUUAGAGAAGAAAUACACAAGAUCCACGACCUGCUGGAUGACAACCCUGCUUUAAACAAUAUAUUCAGUGAUGACGGAAUAGUUGUUCGACAUCACCACCACCACCACCAUAGUAAUAAUAAUACUAGUAAUAGCAGCAACAACAACAACAAUACAUCUUCAACGACUAUAGCAAAAACAAGAAUGCCCAAGGACGGUUUACAAGCAGUUGACAAUACACUCAACCGCACAUCUUCGCCAACUUAUGGCCAAACAUAUUUCCAACCGUGUCCAACAAACAUUGUGUGGCCAAGAGAAGUGUACGAGUACAAUAAACUAGUAUGUGAAGCUAUCGAAAAAAUCAAAAAACGUCACGACGCUACAGUAGCAACCAUGGCACAAGGUGUUAAGGAAUGGAAAACACAAAACAAAACAGUUAUGGUCAACUCACAAAUUCAAACUUUUUUGGACCGUUUCUAUAUGUCACGUAUUGGUAUUCGUAUGCUAAUGGGACAGCACAUUGCAUUGAACCAAGCACAAAACUCACCAACAAAACAACGCAUAUCAACCUUUAUCAAUGGCUCCCAGGGAAACACAAAGAAACCAGGCCGCUCCAAUUAUGUUGGUGUUAUUUGCACCGACUGCAAUGUUGGUGAAAUUGCAGAGGACGCAAUUGAAACAGCAAAGUACAUUUGUGAAGAGUAUUAUGGUCUCUUUGAAGCUCCAGAAAUCAAACUCAUAACACCAGAACAAGAUAUCCAGUUUAUGUAUGUUCCGGGCCAUUUGAUCCACAUGCUUUUUGAAACAUUGAAAAACUCGCUACGUGCCACUAUUGAAUUCCAUACACCAAAAUUGAAACAAAAAUACAUUGAAGAGCACCCAGAUGCCAAAUACGAUGAAAUCGACUUGAACGAUUUGGAAUUCCCACCAAUAAAAGUAAUUAUUUCCGAAGGUUCCGAGGAUAUCGCUAUAAAGAUUUCUGAUGAAGGUGGCGGAAUCCCACGCUCAUCGCUCCCAUUGAUCUGGACGUAUUUGUAUACAACAGUUGAUGAGACACCCAUCUUGGACCAAAAUUACAACCAAACAAGCUUCAAAGCACCAAUGGCUGGAUUCGGCUAUGGUCUUCCAAUCAGUAGACUUUAUGCACAAUACUUUGGCGGUGACUUGAAAUUGAUCAGUAUGGAAGGGUACGGAACAGAUGUGUACUUGCAUCUCAACAAGCUAAGCAGCUCAAAUGAGCCGCUUCCUUGA